AUGGAUCAUUCACGCCCGAGGAGAGCUGCUAUCCCCAUCAUAGACCCCUCGGGCCGGCAGGUCAAUGUUGUCGAGCAGCUCAGGACAACCAGCCUCAACUCAUAUAGGCCUCAGUUUGGCGCUAUUUCCGCCAAUAAUGCCAGAGCUGUGUCAUAUCCAACUGCAGUUUCAGCACCAGUCCUGCCUCUAGCAGCUCAAACUCCAAAUCCUGGUGCCAAUAUCACCACUGGACCUGCUCGCUUCCAUGGUCCUCGAUCCCAGGGAUCCCUUUCAUCAUGGACACCACACCCCUUUGCCCAGCCAUACACACCGGCUUACCUGCUGGCCAUCAAUCGCUCCCCGGCCGUGAGUAAAUAUACCGUGCCCUUGAAGACUAUAGACUUCAAUGCAUACCGCCAGCAGUUUGCUGGCGGUCUCUUUCUUGAACCUGCUCCUUCUCAUGCCAUGCCUCCCAUCAGGAGUGUUCCCAUUUCCGUGUCCCUGCACGUAAAGAACUUGGUCCCAUCUAGCUAUCUCUACUACUUCGACGAGUGUCUCUUGCUCGAGGCCUAUCAACAGACUCUAGACUUAGCCCAGCUGUGUCUUUAUAACGUGCCAGUUGCCCUUGUCGACCUGCAACGCCGCAUAUUUGAGAUCAGAGUACCGGGGCUCAAGGACGAUGCACCCGCCAUCGAGCUUGGAGAUACUGUCCUCGUACGUCAGAUUCUACACUGUCCAAACCAGAUGACAAGGGGAGUGGAGUGGCUUGCAAGUAACCAGCCUACGCUUACCGGUUCUAUCGCCCCAGGUUUCAACGGCCAGCAGCUUCACUCAGUAGUAGUGGGCGUGUCCAGAACAAAGGAGGUCAUCAGGUUGCGAAUCGACCAUUUUGACAUGACCAUCAGUUCCGCAUACUCAUCAUGGCUUGCCAAUAUACUCUUCGUUGUUCAGCCUAAUCGUUAUGUGCCGCUCUGGGAGGCUGUCACUAGCAUUGAGAACGGCUGGAACUGGCCGCAGUCUUCUCCCUCCAUCCCAGAAGGGUGUUCUGGAAACGUUCAGGAUGAUACCAAUUGGUUCCGCCACAUGCUCUUCCCGGAGUCACAAUACGGCUUCAUCCAAGAAACUCUUCCGAAGGGUGUCUUUGACCUUGACUGGGUGGACCCGGAUCUCAACUAUGAACAAAUGAAGGCUGUGGACUCGAUAGUAUCCAGAAACUAUGGCAACGUACCUUUUUUGAUCUCUGGUGUCCCAGGUUCAGGAAAGACGAAGACAGUCGUGGAAUGUACCCUGCAGUUACUAAACUACUCUUCAGACGUCGAACCGCACAUUCUACUCUGUGCACCAUCUAACCCUGCCGCUGAUACUCUAGCCAUCCGACUAGCCUACCACCUGAAACCAGGUGAAAUGUUCCGUCUCAACGGAUGGUCAAGGACGUUUGCGGAGGUGCCUAGUGCCUUACUGCCUUACACAUACAUAGACAACGACCUUUUCUCUCUUCCUGGAUUCAACGCCAUGAUGGGGUACAAGGUUGUCGUUACCACCUGCAGAGAUGCAGAGAUGCUCGUGAAGGCUCGUCUAACCAACCGCGACCUUAUGAAACUUGCAUGCGAAACCGUGGCUGCAGUCUCGCCAAAGGCUUCCGUUAAGGCCCAGGAUAUGCUUCAUUGGACGGCCCUGCUGAUUGAUGAAGCAGCACAUGACACGGAGCCGGCAGUGUGUAUUCCGCUAACUGUAGUGGCUAGCCCUUUGCCUAUCCACGAGCCUACAGACAACAAAUCAAGUCUGCCCCUGUUCGUCAUGGCAGGUGAUCACCACCAACUAGGCCCCCGGAUUCACAACUACGACACUUCUCUCUCCAUCUCACUCUUCGAGCGUCUUUUCUCCCAUCCUUUCUAUGCAGAUCACCCACUGUCUCGCCGGAACGCAGGGCCAUAUAUUAAACUUGUCCAGGAGAUGCUCCCUAUCCAACGGCCCGCAUUUACCAACCUAACCCGUAAUUAUCGUUCACACCCUGCCAUUCUACCAGUCCCUUCUGUUCUGUUUUACAGCGACACCCUCAUCCCCUGUGCUGCCCCCGCUGAUCCAAAUGGCCCUGUCCCAAGUUGGUCUGAGUGGAAGGCCCCACACCGCUGGCCAGUGCUGUUCAGCUGUAACUCCUCAUUAGACAAGGUAGAAGAACUCCUCCACCGGUCCGCGGGGAAUGGGGUGUUUAACCCUGGAGAAGCCUAUCUGGCGUUAUAUUAUGUCAAAUCCCUCCUUCAUCAUUCUGACCAACUCAGCAAAGGCACCUCAGAAUCCCCCUCAUCCUUGGCCAUCCACCCCGAUGAAAUUGCCAUCAUAACCCCCUUUAGAGCUCAGGUUACGCAUCUUAGACAUGUUUUCCGCUCUCACGACCUGCACUCGGUCAACAUCGGCCCGCUGGAGGCGUUCCAGGGUCUUGAAACCCGCUUUCUCAUAAUUUGCACAACGCGCACGCGGCCGGGCGCACAGUUUGUAAAGCAAGACCAGUCCCUUGGCCUGGGUCUAGUGGGCGAAAAGAAGCGGUUCAAUGUUGCCCUGACUCGAGCCAAGGAGGGAGUCAUCGUAAUAGGGAAUCCAAACGUCCUGGUCGAUUCAGGCAAAGAUGAAACAUGGCGAGAGUUCCUGAGUUACUGCGCAAGAAACGGAUGCUGGGCAACUGAAGGCAGCCCCAAACUUGAAAGAAUCGGUUCCCUUCUCCAGGAGUAUGAAGUUGGCUCCGCACAGGAAAACACAAAUAAGAGCGCAAGAUGGUGGGCUAACAAGCUCGCCGGCGCCUAUGUUGCAGCUGAUAAUAACAAUAAUGACAAUGAUAACGACCAGGAGAAUAAUAUCCAAGACGUCGACGAUAAUGAAAGAGGAGAAAAUAAUAACGAUAAUCAUAACGAUAAUGACUCUACUAAUGAUACAAAUAGUGCAGAUAUCAGACUCUCAGGAUAUAUCAGCAGGUUAGAAAGAGCCCUUCUAUAUGAAGAAAUGGCCAAAAUCAACACAGGAAAUGGAACCCAGGCCCUUGAAAAUCAAUCUGCCUUGGGCCAAGGCGGUGCCUUGCAUCCCAGUACGCCCGAUGACUAUGACUCCGCGAUGUGGACGGCAGGUAUUGCUGCGGAGGAAGUUCUUAGGGGUGCGUUGGAUAUUUGA